AAUUUGAGUUGAGUUUUAUAGAGAAACCCCUUUCCCUCUCAUAAGACAUUGCUGUGCGCGCCAACACUAUGCAGGAAUGGAAGAUCUGCAAAAUUCGUCGCUCAAGUUCUUCUCCGAUCAAGAGCUCUGCUACGCCGAUAUCGUCCCUCCUGCUCAGGUCCGAGCAAGAAUUGAAGUUUCAGUGCUCAGUUUCCUCAAAAUCCUGAACGCAUCGAACCCUUCCAUCUCACAUUUGCCUCUGAUUCAGAGAAAAUCUAGCAACAGUCGAGUGAAUCAUGGCAUGUUGACUGAACUAUCAUGCGUUUUUCUCUCACAUUCUGUGUCUACAAGGUCUUUAACGAGACCUAAUGCAGCAAAAGCCUUUGUUAGGGUGUGGAAGGUGAUGGAGAUGUGCUAUCAGAUUUUGCUUCAGGAAAAGCGUGUUACUCAGAGGGAGCUCUUCUACAAGCUGCUAUGUGAUUCGCCGCACCUGUUUCCUUCUCAAACCGAUGUAAACAGGACAAUCCAAGAUCUUGGAGCUUUGCUUCGGUGCAGUCGAUACAGUCUUGGAAUCAUGGCGUCUAGUCGAGGACUCAUAGCUGGCCGCCUGAUUUUGCAGGAACCAGGAAAAGAGGCUGUGGAUUGCACUGUGUGUGGAUCUUCUGGACAUGUAAUUUCUGGUGACUUGGAUUUGUUAGGGAGCUUGAUUUUAAAUUCAGAUGCUCGGUACAUUAUAAUUGUGGAAAAGCACGCAAUAUUUCAGCGGCUCACUGAGGAUCGGUUUUUUCAUCAAAUUCCAAGCAUUCUUAUCACGGCUAAAGGUUAUCCAGAUAUGGCCACAAGAUUUCUUCUUCAUCGAAUUAGUCGAGCUUUUCCGGACUUGCCAAUUUUAGCUUUGGUGGAUUGGAAUCCAGCAGGAUUAGCUAUUCUAUGUACCUUCAAAUUUGGAAGUAUAGGAAUGGGCCUAGAGGCAUAUAGAUACGCUUGCAAUGUCAAGUGGUUAGGACUGCGGAGGCAUGAUGUACCCCUGCUACCUGAUGAAUCCCUUGUUCCAUUGAAGCCAAAGGAUCUGCAAAUUGCUGAAAGCUUGAUGUCCUCAGGGAUCUUAGAGGAGAAUUACAAGGAAGAGGUUGCCUUAAUGGUUCAAAGUGGAAGAAGAGCUGAAAUUGAGGCCCUGUACUUUCAUGGAUACGAUUAUUUGGGGAAGUACAUAGCUAAAAAAAUUGUACAGUCAGAUUAUAUAUAAACAAUACUAAUAGUCUAAUACUAUGUUCAUAACAUUGUUUGGAACCAAGUCUAGUGAUGUAAAAUGUGAGUUUGAGCUCAGUCAAACGUGGUUUGACCCAUUUUGAUA